AGUACCCUGAAGCAUUUUCCCUGCUGCUUCCUGUGGUUGACCAAGCAAGACGACUUCAUCUGAUAAGACAUUGAUCUUUAAUUCUAGACUCUUUCCAAAUCCAUGCAUCUUUUUUUACAUGUAAAAAGAAAAAACAGAAAAACAGAAAAACUAGAAAAAAAAUUUUUUAAGAGGUCCAAUAGUAAAAUGAUCAUUCCCUUUAUUAUUUUAUGCACUGUCUAUUUUCGUACUACUUUAAAUAGACCCUUUUUUUUGGGAGGGGUUGAAAUCUAGGAAACAAGAAAUACAGUAAAUAUAAAAAAAA